AUUUAUUUUUAUUUGCUUUUGAACAGUUUUUCUUACAAACUGGUGGGUGCGUGGAAUGCACCGCCAGCGACAGCAGUAGAUGUGGAUACAAUAGGAUCUUUUAAUAGAGGUACAUGGAGCUUAGAAACAGUUUCUAGAGUCGGUUGCAUGGUCUGCACAACAUUGUAAGCCGAAGGGUCUGUAAUGUGCUGUACAUGUCAAUGUUUCUAACAGUUACCUUCUGCACUCUGCUUCAUCUUUCAUGGAAUCUUGUUCUAGUUACUAUUCUCAAAGCAGAGAAAAUCUGCAGAUGCUGGAAAUCCAAGCAACACACACAAAAUGCUGGAGGAACUCAGCAGGCCAGGCAGCAUCUACGGAAAAGAGUACAGUCGACGUUUCGGGCCCAGACCCUUCCGCAGGACUGCAGCACCUUGUGUGUUACUAGUUACUAUUCUAUAGAUUUUCCCGCAGAAAUAAAAGAAUCCCAGGCUUGUAUGUUUGUACUUUGAAGAUAAGAUUUGAACUUCGUCACCUCGUUCACACAGAAACUCCCCACUUCAGAAUUCGCCGUCAGGGACCCAGCGAUCAACUGCGCAGGCGCGCGGCCCCCACCCCCGCCGGGGUCCGACUACUGCGCACGCGCCCAGUUGACAAAAGACUCUGACGGAUCGGUGACAGUUUAGAAAUGGCAGGGAAGUUGCGGAUGGAAAUCUCAAACUCAACUACACAUCAGCUUUGCUGUCUCUGCAGAUAUUUCAGGAGCGGCCAGAUAUUUCCUUUGUAACACCAGUUAUCUCUUGUUGAUCCUUGGAGGUGAAGAAUUAUCUCAUCCCUGCUGGAAAUGUGCUUUGUGACUGAAAUGAACCUUUCGUUGUAACUCAGUGAAAUCCACUGAAAUAGACGUGCUGCGGACACACCAGCAUUUGUUCACUUGAGAUCUGGUCUUCAACUGCAUUGCUUGUAUGAGGGAUUCACUACGUCCUGAAUUGCUGAAUUGUCAGAGAACUGAUAGAGAAACUGCAGGAAGAGAUUCACACACUCAUCCCACCUGCUCAGAUUGUGGCAAGGGAUUCACUCAGUCAUCUGACGUACAGACACAGCAGUCAGUUCACACUGGGAGAUGCCAUUCACCUGCUCAGAAUGUGGGAAAGGAUUUCGUUGGCCAUUUCAACUGAAGGUGCAUCAGCGAGUUCACACAGGGGAGAGGCCGUUCACCUGCUCAGACUGUGGGAACGGAUUCACUCGGUCAUCUGAUCUACUGGCACACCAAUUAAUUCACACUGGGGAGAGGCCAUUCACCUGCUCAGACUGUGGAAAGGGAUUCACUUGGUUAUCUCAAGUGAAGAUACACCAGCGAGUUCAUACUGGGGAGAGGCCAUUCACUUGUACUGAAUGUGGGGAGGGUUUCACUCACUCAUCCCACCUACAGAGACACUGGCGAGUUCACACAGGGGAAAGGCCGUAUGUCUGCUCUGAAUGUGGGAAGGGAUUCAGUCACUCAUCCCACCUACAGAGGCACCAGCAAGUUCACACAGGAGAGAGGUCAUACGUCUGCUCUGAAUGUGGGAAGGGAUUCACUCAGUCAUCUCACCUACUGGCACACCAGUCAGUUCACACUGGGGAGAGGCCAUUCACCUGCUCAGACUGUGGGAAAGGAUUCACUCGAUCAUCUGACCUACUGGCACACCAGCGAGUUCACACUGGAGAGAGGCCAUUCAAUUGUUCAGACUGUGGGAAGGCAUUUCCACGGUCUUUCCAACUGAAGAUACAUCAGCGAGUUCACACCGGGGAGAGGCCGUUCACCUGCUCGGACUGUGGGAAGGGAUUCACUCAGUCAUCUGACCUAUCGGCACACCAGCGAGUUCACACUGGGGAGAGGCCAUUUACCUGCUCAGACUGUGGGAAGGGAUUCUCUCGAUCAUCUGACCUACAGAGACACCAGCGAGUUCACACAGGAGAGAGGCCGUAUGUCUGCUCUGAAUGUGGGAAGGGAUUCACUCGAUCAUCUCACCUACUGGCACAUCAGUCAGUUCACACUGGGAAGAGACCAUUCACCUGCUCAGACUGUGGGAAGGGAUUCACUCAGUCAUCUGACCUACUGGCACACCAGUCAGUUCACACUGGGGAGAGGCCAUUCAACUGCUCAAACUGUGGGAAAGGAUUCACUCGAUCAUCUGACCUACUGGCACACCAGCGAGUUCACACUGGAGAGAAGCCAUUCACCUGUUCAGACUGUGGGAAGGCAUUUCCACGGUCUUUCCAACUGAAGGUGCAUCAGCGAGUUCACACUGGGGAGAGGCCGUUCACCUGCUCAGACUGUGGGAAGGGAUUCACUCGGUCAUCUGACUUACAGACACACCAUUCAGUUCACACUGGGGCAAAGCCAUUCGUUUGCACAGACUGUGGGAAGGGGUUCACUUACUCAUCCAACCUACAGAGACACCAGCGAGUUCACACAGGAGAGAAGCCAUACGUCUGCUCUGAAUGUGAGAAGGGAUUCACUCAGAAAUCUCACCUAUUGGCACACCAGUCAGUUCACACUGGGGAGAGGCCGUUCACCUGCUCAGACUGUGGGAAGGGAUUCUCUCGAUCAUCUGACCUACAGAGACACCAGCGAGUUCACACUUGAAAGAAGAUGUUCACCAACUCAGUCUGUGGGAAGGAAUUCCCUCAGUCAUCUGACCUACAGGCACACCAGUCAGUUGACCUGAUGAAAGGCUGUGCACCUGUCUGUGGGAAGGGGUUUACUUGAUAGUCCAGCCGACAGACACACCAAGUCAGUUCAAACUGGGGUGAUGUCAUUCACCUUUUCAGACUGUGGGAAGGGAUUCACUUCAUCAUCUUAUCUGAUGGUACAUCAGUAAGUUCACACUGGGUAGAGGCCACUCACCUGCUCAGAUUGAGGACAGAGAUUCACUCAGUCAUAUGAUUUGCUGGACACAUGAGUCAGUUCACACUGGGGAAAUGCUAUUCACUUGCGAAGAUUGUGGGAAGCGAGUCACUUCUUGAUCUCAACUGAGGGUACAUCAGUGAGUUCACACUGGGGAGAAAACACUCACCUGCUUGGAUGUGGGAAGGGAUUUACAGUCAGUCAUUUGAACUGAAGCUACAUCGGUGAGUUCACACAGGAGAGAUGCCGUUCACCUGCUCUGAAUGUGGGAAGAGAUUUACUCAGUUAACCAACCUUGUGACGGAUUACCAAAUUCACACGGUGGAAAACGUAUCACCUGUGUGCUGGAUAUAAUCAUUAAAGUUGCUAAAUCCAGAGGUUUAAAAGAAACUGUUGGUGUCGAACUCUGUAAUUAUUGCUGCUGCUCAUCACACUCAGUUCUGCACCCUGGCCACUGGGUAUGGGAGGAGUUUCUUCUGAUGUUUACCUUUAUUGGGACUGGAAUUUAAUGUUCUGGA